AUGGGGAACAGUGGCUCAGCCGUGAAGGUCUGCACAGAUCACCAAGGAGGCAUCAACUGGCUGAGCCUGAGCCCGGACGGGCAGCGCCUGCUCACGGGUAGUGAGGAUGGCACUGCGCGGCUCUGGAGCACUGCCGACAGCCAGUGCCAUGGCCACUUCCAAGGACACGAAAGUUACAUCACCUUUUGCCACUUAGAAAAUGAGGCUGCCUUCACGUGUAGCGCAGAUCAUACCAUUCGAAAGUGGGAUGUGAUGACAGGUCAGUGCCUGGCCAUUUACCGAGGACACACAUCAAUUGUUAACAGGAUCCUGGUUGCCAAAGACUAUCUCUUUAGUGGCUCCUAUGACAGGACAGCCCGCUGUUGGAGUGUGGACAAGGAGAAACAAAUUCAGGAAUUCCGGGGCCAUCGGAACUGUGUCCUGACUCUAGCUCACUAUUCCUCCAGAGAUGUUCUUGAAGAAGAGGAGGAGGAAGAGGAAGAGGAGGACAAAGUGAGCAGAGACCUCCUGGUGACAGGUAGCACAGACUGCACUGUUAAGGUCUGGUGGGUGUCCAGUGGGCGCUGUUACCAGACUCUGCUGGGACACACUGGGGCUGUCUUAUGCCUUAUACUUGACGCACCAAACAGGGAGCUGUUUUCUGGCAGCACGGAUUAUACCAUUCGAACGUGGAAUAUUGUCACUGGUGAGCAGUUGAAAGUGUUCAAAGAGCAUCAAGGAUCAGUAAUUUGCCUAGAGCUAGUGAAUCGGCACUUGUAUUCAGGAAGCGCGGACAGGACAGUGAAAUGCUGGUUAGUAGACACUGGGGAGCGAAUCCAAACGUACAAGGCUCACAAACACAGCGUUAGCACUUUGAAAUACCACGCUGGGAUCUUGUUCACAGGAAGUGGUGAUGCCUGUGCAAGAGCUUUCAAUUCCAAGAGUGGUGUCCUGCAGAAGAUCUUUCGAGGGCAUAAGUUCAUCAUCAACUGCAUCCAGAUCCAUAAUGAGUUGCUCUACACAGCUUCCCACGACGGCACACUAAGGAUUUGGGACAUCCGGGGCAUAUGCAAGAGAAAUAAGCGGCGUUUGAAGAAGGAGAGGUCUGCCCAGGGCAGGAGCUCUCAGAAGGGAAGUCUGUCUCGUCUCUUUAACAAUAAAGUCGGCUGUAUGGUACAGCAGGAAAAUGGGGAACACGAGGCCGUUGAACUAAUGUGA